UGGGCCUCCUUCUCAGGCACAUUGCACGGCUUGCCGGGAAAUUUUGGGUUCCGGUGCUGUGGAGUAUUUAGUACGAGAUACCCCAAUCUAUAGUGACCGAAGCGAAAUAUCCCGCGCAGAUUAGCCAACUGUAAACCAAGGCCACAGUCUCAAAUGUCUCCACUGUCCAACCGCUAUCUCUUCGCUUACAAUUCUCUCCAGGCCCUCGGAUGGGCAUUUGCUCUCUCUAGAAUUUUGAGCAGCUUUGUAAUCACCAAGUCCGUUCAUGGAGCUUACGCUUCUGCUGGAGAGCUAAUCUGUUUGCUGCAAACGGUUGCAUUCUUGGAAAUUGUACAUGCGGCCAUUGGUAUUGUGCCAAGUGGAGUGGUGAAUACCCUGAUGCAAUGGGGAGGAAGGGUUCAUUUUCUGUUGGUGGUUGUUCGUCAAAUCGAUGAGGUCCAAGAGUUGCCAUCAGUUUUCAUAACUUUUGUUGCUUGGAGCUUAACUGAGGUAAUUAGAUAUCCGCAUUAUGCUUUGAACUGCAUAGGAAAUUGUCCAUCUUGGAUUACCUAUCUCAGGUACACUGCAUUCAUUAUGCUGUAUCCUACAGGACUUGUCCUUGGUGAAAUGUGGCUCAUGUACCAAGCGCUUGAAUUUAUAAAGAAGAAGCAUCUCCACGAAGAUUUAUUUAAUGGCCUUCCCUUCAGCUAUUAUAAUUUUCUCAAGGUUCUUCUUCUCUGCUACCCUUUCCUAGGUUUAAAGCUUUACCUGCAUAUGUUUAAGCAACGGAGGUCAAAACUUGGAAAACACCAUAAAAAGAAGAAAAUUUGAAGGUUGGUGCUCUUUCAGAUAUGGUUACUAGUUGGUUGCCACUUAAUGGUAGCUCGGGAGCUUGAAACCUCAGAUGUUGUAUGCCAUGUUCAUGGGCUUCAUAUGUAUUCUUGUAAUGUUUUUCUUCCUUGAUUCACUACUUUUUAAUAGUGAAAAGUCAGACUGCAUAUGCAGUUCCCUCAA